AGGAUUUCCAGAGGAAAAGAUCAACAGGAAUUUACCAAGAAUAGAUUCUUUUUUCCUAACAGUUAGGCCUCAAAUGGCCACAGACUUGGCCAUUCAGACUCCAGAGAUGCAGGAGGGACUUCUCAACGUGAUGAUAAGGGAGGAAGAAAAGGACCAGGCCUGCAGUCAAGAAUCUGGGCUGUCAAGAAAUAAUAACCCCCAUACCAGAGAGAUCUUUCGUAGACGCUUCAGGCAGUUCUGCUAUCAGGAGACACCAGGGCCCCGAGAUGCUCUUCAAAGACUCCAGGAGCUCUGCCAUCAGUGGCUGCGGCCUGAGAUACACACCAAGGAGCAGAUCCUGGAGCUGCUAGUGCUGGAGCAGUUCCUGACCAUCCUGCCCCAGGAGCUCCAGGCCUGGGUGAGAGAACAUCGUCCUGUGAGUGGAGAGGAGGCGGUGACUGUGCUGGAGGAUUUGGAGAGAGAGCUGGAUGAGCCAGGAGAGCAGGUCUUAACCCAUGUUAAUGAACGGAAAGACUAUGUGCUGGAGAAGGUAAUUCUCGGAGCAGCCCAGGAGCCAUCAGGUGAUCAGCUCCAAAUCUUGGAAAAGCAGCUUCGGUGUAACUUGCAAGAGGUGUGCCUGGUUCAGGAAACUGAUGGCAAGGUUGGGUCUUGGAAUGUGGAGUUAGCCCCAGAGGGAGAGAUAUCUAAAGAAAUGAAAUGUCCUGAGGAAGUACCUGGAAAAGUAAAUGGUUAUAUUCCUCAGGCCCCUGAAUGUGGAGACACCUGUGACAAUGAAGGCAGAUUGGAAAGGCAGCGGAUCAGCUCUUCAGUGGAGAGACCCUAUGUCUGUGGUGAAUGUGGGAAAAGCUUCACUCAGAAUUCCAUCCUUAUCGAGCACCAGAGAACACACACAGGCGAGAAGCCCUAUGAAUGUGAUGAGUGUGGACGGGCCUUCAGCCAGCGGUCGGGCCUGUUUCAGCAUCAGAGACUCCACACGGGAGAGAAGCGCUACCAGUGCAGUGUUUGUGGCAAAGCCUUCAGCCAGAAUGCUGGGCUUUUCCAUCACCUCAGAAUCCAUACUGGGGAAAAGCCUUACCAGUGCAAUCUGUGCAGUAAGAGUUUUAGUCGACGUUCUGUCCUCAUUAAGCAUCAGAGAAUUCACACUGGAGAGAGACCUUAUAAAUGUGAAGAAUGUGGCAAGAACUUCAUUUACCACUGUAACCUCAUCCAGCAUAGGAAAGUCCAUCCUGCAGCAGAAUCCAAGUAAAUCCUUGAACAGGUAGG